CCUCUGGAACCCCAGUCAGAUGUAGAGGAAAGAACCAGUCCAGAGGGAUUGCCUCAGACCACACUAUCUCCACUCUCUCAGACCUGUGGAAGGUUAGCGACCAUGAUUUCCAAUGGGAUAGGAAACGUCACCACUGGAAAAAGGAGCAUAUGUCUUCUCCCUUUGCUGCUUAUUGGCUUCUGGGGCUAUGUGACCUGUCAUCGGAAACCUGUGGAGGACAUCUGCACAGCCAAGCCUCGGGACAUUCCUGUGAAUCCCAUGUGUAUUUACCGUUCCCCAGAGAAGAAGGCGGCUGAGGGCGAGGGCUCAGGGCAGAAGAUCCCCGGGGCCACCAACCGGCGGGUCUGGGAACUGUCCAAGGCCAAUUCCCACUUUGCCACUGUCUUCUAUCAGCAUCUGGCAGACUCCAAGAAUAACAAUGACAACAUUUUCCUGUCACCCCUGAGUAUCUCCACAGCUUUUGCUAUGACCAAGCUGGGUGCCUGUGACAACACACUCAAGCAGUUGAUGGAGGUUUUUAAGUUUGAUACCAUCUCUGAGAAGACAUCUGAUCAGAUCCACUUUUUCUUUGCCAAACUGAACUGCCGACUCUAUCGAAAAGCCAAUAAAUCCUCUGAGUUGGUAUCAGCCAACCGUCUUUUUGGAGACAAAUCCAUCACAUUCAAUGAGACCUACCAGGACAUCAGUGAGGUGGUAUAUGGGGCCAAGCUCCAGCCCCUGGACUUCAAGGGAAAUGCAGAGCAGUCCAGAUUGACUAUCAACCAAUGGAUAUCCAAUAAGACUGAAGGGCGUAUCACUGAUGUCAUCCCCCCGCAAGGCAUCAAUGAGUUCACUGUCCUGGUGCUAGUCAACACCAUUUACUUCAAGGGCCUGUGGAAGUCAAAGUUCAGCCCCGAGAACACAAAGGAGGAACUGUUCUACAAGGCCGAUGGGGAGUCAUGUUCGGUACCCAUGAUGUACCAGGAAGGCAAGUUCCACUAUCGGAGAGUGGCAGAAGGCACCCAGGUGCUCGAGUUGCCCUUCAAGGGUGAUGACAUCACCAUGGUCCUCAUCCUGCCCAAGCCGGAGAAGACCCUGGCCAAAGUGGAACAGGAACUCACCCCAGACAUGCUGCAGGAGUGGCUGGAUGAGCUGGCAGAGACGCUGCUGGUGGUCCACAUGCCCCGCUUCCGCAUCGAGGACAGCUUCAGCGUGAAGGAGCGGCUGGAAGACAUGGGCCUUGAAGACCUGUUCAGUCCUGAGAAGUCCAGGCUCCCAGGUAUUGUUGCAGAAGGUCGGAACGACCUCUAUGUCUCAGAUGCAUUCCACAAGGCAUUUCUUGAGGAAAAUUGCCUUGCAGUGAAUUAGUAAUUAAGGUGAAAAUGCCUGCAGCAGAGAUGUCUAUGGCGAAGAUGCUUAGAGCAAAAGUACCUAGAAUCAAUUUUUCAUUCCCUGGGAAUAUAUUUUCAAAGGUUUUCUCUGUAAUAAUGGGCAGACUUUGAGGUACAGCAGAGUGGAAAAUGUUAAGGCUCACUGAUUUUUAUUCAUCAAAAUUUGCCCCAAUCAUUGUAUGAUAAAAUCUAAUUAAUACGGAUGCCUAAAUGACUCAAACAUUCCAUAUCUGGUUAUUCAACCACAAAUGCCAAAGUCCUUUUUUCCUGUCCCAGGAUCUUCUAGAGUCCUAAAUUAAAGUUUUCAGCCCUGAG